AUGUCUACUGGAAAUAAUACAACUCAAACACAACUGUUUGGUACUAGAGGUAUGUCGGAAAUGCAAUCAGUGGCGGGUGGAAAGGUAUCCCUACCCUGUAAUACGAGCAUUUGGGGCGAAAACGACGUAUCGCUAGUGCUGUGGUAUAGGGGCGGCACAGGUAUACCCAUAUACCGAGUGGACGCCCGCAACACACCGUUGUCUAAGUCGAAGCACUCGCCGGCCGACGAGUUGGGCAAACGGUUUCACUUUGACACCAGUGCCACACCGCCGGUGCUCAAGAUAUACCCCGUGACCGGACACGAUCAGGGAGAGUACCGGUGCCGUGUGGACUACAGACAGGCCCGGACCCAGAACGUGGUCGUUCAGCUCAAUGUUACCGUGCCUCCCAAAGAAGUACUAAUCAUGGAUAUGGAGGGCCAGCGUCUGGAAGGACUGGUCGGUCCGUACGACGAGAACUCCAAUGUAUUAUUGAUUUGCGAAGCGGAAGGAGGCUCAGGGUGA